AAGUUUAGUCGCUAGUCUGGGCUGGGGGUGCUGACUGUAGCAGAGUCAUGGCUGUCUCGUUUGGGGUGCGACGGUUGGGGCGGUUGCCAGCUGGGGUGAUGGGGGUAUUAGGGGUUCGCUCAGCUUUAGUGCCUGUCCGGGGCUGGCGGAGAGCGGAGUUCCAGGGAAUCCGCCUGCUCAGUUCUACAGACGUUAGGAGCCAUAUCUCAUCAUCCACUGGCAAACUCAGCUACCUUAAGGGGCCCACGAACAUUAAGCUCAGCUCUAAGACAGUGGGGCAGUGCUUAGAUGACAUAGCCCAGAGGUUUCCAGACCGAGAAGCCAUAGUUGUCUCAUACCAGAACAUCCGGAAGACAUUUGCUCAGUUUAAGCAGGAGGUGGACGUGGCUGCCUUAGGGCUUUUGAGCCUUGGCCUCAGCAAGGGGGACCGCCUUGGCAUGUGGGGCCCUAACUCUUACGAAUGGGUGUUGAUGCAACUGGCCACUGCACAGGCUGGCAUCAUCCUGAUUUCUGUGAACCCUGCCUACAAGUCCCAAGAGCUAAAGUUUGUUCUCAAAAAGGUGGGCUGCAAAGCCCUUGUCUUCCCUGCCAAGUUCAAGACACAGGAUUAUUAUAAUAUUCUGAAGGAGAUCUGCCCAGAGCUGGAGACGUGCAGCCCAGGGGCAUUAAGGAGUAAGAAUCUUCCAGACCUGACCACAGUCAUCAUCCUGGACUCCAAAUUGCCUGGAGCUCUACACAUGAAUGAUGUACUACAGGCUGGGAAAGUUGCCCAGCUGGCCCAGCUGAGGGACAUCCAGAGAUCAUUGUCCUGCCAUGACCCCAUCAACAUCCAGUUCACCUCGGGGACAACCGGCAGCCCUAAAGGAGCCACCCUUUCUCACUACAACAUUGUUAACAAUGCCGCCUUGAUAGGGGAUCGGAUGAAUCUUCUCAACAAGGAGCCCCGGCUGGUCCUUCCUAGCCCCCUCUACCAUUGCCUGGGCUCUGUGGGGGGCACGAUGGUGUCCUUAGUGUAUGGUGUCACUCUCAUCUUGUCAUCUCCGAGUUUUGAGAGCAAGAGGGCGCUGGAAGCUAUCACUCAAGAGAGGGCCACAAUGAUCUAUGGCACCCCCACGAUGUUUGUUGACAUGCUGAACCAACCUGAUUUUUCCUGCUAUGACCUUUCGACCCUGCAAGGAGGUGUGAUUGCAGGGGCCCCAGCCCCUCCAGAGCUCAUCAGAGCCAUCAUCAAGAAGAUGAAUAUGCCAGAACUGACGGUUGCUUAUGGGACCACAGAGAACAGUCCUGUGACCUUCAUGCACUCCUAUGAUGACAGCAUAGAAAGGAAGACAUUCACAGUGGGCAGGAUUAUGCCGCACACAGAGGCCCAGGUCAUGGACCCACAGACAAAGAAACAGCUAGAGAUAAACAUGCCAGGGGAGCUGUGUAUCCGUGGUUACUGUGUCAUGAUGGGCUACUGGGAUGAUCCUAAGAAGACAGAGGACAUCAUUGAUGAGCACAAGUGGUACUGGACAGGGGACAUUGCUUCAGUAGAUGAAGAGGGCUAUUGUAAGAUCGUGGGCCGUUCCAAGGACAUGAUCAUCCGAGGAGGGGAAAAUAUCUACCCAGCUGAACUGGAAGACUUCUUUCACAAACAUCCUUGUGUUCAGGAAGCCCAGGUGGUUGGAGUGAAAGAUAAGCGGAUGGGGGAGGAAAUCUGUGCUUGCAUCCGUCUCAAGCCCGAGGCGGAAGAACAGGUCACCCCUGAGGAACUGCAAGCUUACUGCAGAGGGAAGAUCUCCCACUUCAAGAUUCCUCGAUACAUCGUGUUUGUUAAGGAAUACCCCCUCACUGUCUCUGGGAAGAUUCAAAAAUACAAGCUUCGAGAAUGGAUGGAAAAGGAUCUGAACCUGUGAAUCAUGGGCCAGAGUGGGAGCCUCAAGAGACAGCAUUUCUCCAGCUUGCCUGCAUCUCCCCCUCUACCCCAUCCUGAUCCCUACACCAUUCUUCUUUAAUGUUACAUAAAGAGGUUCUGGUUUCAAUUCA